AUGCGAUUUAAUGCAAAUUAUUGGAUAGUUGAAGAAAAAGAAACUAAAGUAUUAGAAUGUAAUUUAGUACAUCCUGGAAAACCUAAUUCUUUAAAUAUUACAACUCAUCUUUCUUGGAAUUAUGUACAACAAAUUCAAUUACCAUAUUCUUCUCAACAAGAAUUUAUUUAUUUGGAAUAUGUGAUAAUGUAUUUCCACGUCAAGUAA